CUCACUGACCAAGUCACUAGAACCGAAGUCUACAAUUCCGGCACUCGUAUUAAAAUUGAAGGCGCAAUAGAGUCGUGUAACGAAUGCCGUGCUACUAUUGUCCGAAGCAUAGCACAACCACCAAAGAAACCGCGUAUUCGUCAUUCAGUUCCAAAUGAAGAGAUAAAUCCCG